AUGGCAACGGAAAAGAGCAGGAUCCUGCUGAUCGGUGGAGCCGGGUACACCGGAAAGUUCAUAGUGGAGGCGAGCGCUAAGGCCGGUCACGAGACUUUCGCUUUUGUACGAGUCCCCACGCUCUCCAACCCAGCCAAGGCCAACACCGUCAACAAAUUCAAGUCCUUGGGCGUCAGAUUCGUCUAUGGUGACUUGUAUGACCACCAGAAUCUGGUCAAGGCAAUCAAGCAGGUCGAUGUCGUCAUAUCGACGGUCGGUCACGAUCACUUGCCCGAUCAGGUUAAGAUCAUUGCUGCCAUCAAACAAGCCGGCAACGUCAAGAGGUUUUUCCCUUCGGAGUUUGGGAACGAUGUGGAUCGAAUGGAUGGGGUUGAGCCAGCAAAGACGUUGUAUGCAACUAAGGUUAAGAUUCGCAGAGCCAUUGAGGCAGAAGGGAUUCCGUACACAUAUGUGUCCUCCAACUUCUGUUUUGGCGUCUUUCUUUCCAAUCUGGCGCAGCUGGGAGCCACUGCACCCCCGCGAGAUAAAGUUGUCAUCGAUGGUGAUUCUUCUUGUGCAGCAAUUUUCAACAAGGAGGAGGACGUUGCAACCUACACAAUUAGAGCAGUGGACGACACAAGAACCUUGAACAAAGUCCUCUACAUCAGGCCACCGGGGAACAUCUACUCAUUAAAUGAGCUUGUGCUUUUGUGGGAGAAAAAGAUAGGCAAAACCCUUGAAAGGGAGUACAUUUUGGAAGACAAACUUUUAAAAAAUAUACAAGAUAAUUCCGUUCCGGUCGAUAUGAAAUUAUCAGUCCGUCACUCUAUUUUCGUACUGGGGGGUCAUACAAACUUCAAGAUUGAGCCCUCAUUUGGAGUUGAAGCUUCGGAGCUCUAUGCUGAUGUAAAGUACACAACUGUAGAUGAGUACCUCAAUCAGUUUGUCUGA